AUGAAAUAUUGGGCUCCUGUUAAAGGUUUUGGUGCAUUUUGUAGGCUAAGGAGAGCCUUGACAAAGUCAGAAAGUCUUCCCCCAAUUUUACAUACCACAAGAUCUGGUGCACAUUCUUACUGGUUAAAUAUAAUCUCGAAGCGAUUAGGACAAAGGUUAGCUGUUGGUCGACCCGAAGAUGAAUUAAGGCAGAUAUUUCCUGGGAAAUAUGUGGUUUUACGGUACGAAGGUGUUCAAAUCGAUUAG